AUGAACUGCUUCCCGACAGCGACGACAGCGAUGAUGAUCCUGUGGAACUCACUGCACCUCCAGUGCAACAAAGAGCUGAGGAGGUUAGCGAAUGUUGAAGAGCAGUUGUCGAAUGCUGAAAAGGGGCAGUUACUGGGGCGCCACUACCACCGACCCGGAGCCGAACCGGACCAGAUCUUCACCGUCCAGGUGUACGACAUCAGGAACACCAGCCAGAUCGUCCCGGCAAAGUACGAGUCUUUCCCCCGUCGACAGGAGCUCCUGUUGCAGCACAUCACACACCCAGGCCAUAGCAGACAGGUUUCUUGCUUCCAUCGUCCGAGACGGAAAAUUGAGAAUCAAUACAGACUGGACUGUCUAAAUACUUUAAAUGUAAGGGAGAUGAAGAACAGAUUCAGGGACACAUUCCAGGAGGACUUUCCCGGACUUCAAAAUGGAGCUGAGGACAUCUGGUUCACACAGGGGCAAACACAUGUUGAUCCGGCAGAUCUCCAGAUGUUCUUUGAGGACAAGGAAGUCAUCAAUGACAGACAGUUGAUGGACUAUCGCAUAAGAGAUGGCGACACACUGUUUGCUGUGCACUUCAAGGAUUCCAUCCAUCUCAUGAUUCGCCAACCUGGUAUGCCGCCAUCUUGUUUGACUGUGGAGAAGUUCAGACAGUGCAAAGUUAAAAAAGUUAAGAUGUUUCUUGCACAGGUCCUGCAGACAAACAGCGAGAAUUUGAAUAUCAUUCACAGGGGAAAAUGCUUAAUUGAGGACAUUAGCCUUGCGGACGCUGGGUUGUGUUCGGGGGACACGCUGUUGAUUCCAAGAGUCAUCAAAGACGAUUACAGGGUAGAGGGGAUGAAAAGAGUCUUCGUUUCAACGUGUGAUGGAACAGUCCGAGUCACGAUGGCAGUCCUCAAAGGAGGCAUAACGUUUUAUGCACCUGAGAGCAUCCCACUCCCCGAUAUUGAAGAGUUAUCUACCUUGAGAUGCAACAGGAACUGGUCACAAGGACUGAUGCUAGGAUCCAUAGAGUUGUCACGGUCAUCACCAAGAGGGUCUUCCUCCAGCAGCCAGUCCUUACAUCAGAGUUUCAGGACACUCUUUGAUGCUUCAACCGAGUCUGAAUCAAGUCUCACCGAGUCAUUACGUUGCAAACAAAACCACAGUAGUCCUGACACGUCAAAGUCCACAAUGAUCUUGAAUCGUCCUUCCCUGAAACUCAUCCUCCCUGGCCAACGUUCAGAACCUGACAGCAGAGCCAUAAAACGGUUCACCUUGUGUAAAGAACUUGCACAGGAAGGGGAUAAGGUCAUGUUCCGCGAGUCGUCCUUGUACGAGGAAGAUGUGUCUCAAGGUGGCUCCCAAAAACGAUUCCCUUCUUCGGAGCAAAUGGUCGACCCCACGUCCCCAGACGUGUCCGACGCUGCUUCUCCCAAGGUGUUCCGAUCGCCGAGUCUUCUGUUUCCGCCACAAGCUAUACAAAACUCUAUUCUAGAAGGCGUCUCUUGA